AUGCCGCAAGACCAACAACCUACCUGGAUAGCUGCUACUUCAAUGAAUCAAACACGUCACUCUGACAACCAAGUUUCUCAGCACUAUAUGCCUUCACCGUGCCAAGUGAUGGAAGGAUUCUCCCACCUCUCGGUUAAAGAUGGGAAUCCGAACCCCACGCUAAUUGACCGCCAUGCAUCCCAAACGUCGAUUUCGAGCGUGCCUUCAUUGGAUUCCGAGUACGUCUCAGACAACAACUGGCAAUCGUCCAGCAGUCUACAGAUGCCUUGCCUUCAGGACGCGGCCUGGUGGUUCGAGCCUUUCGGAGACGUCCACGAUCCCCCACCCGAUGCAGACUUGUACCUUGGAUCCGGAGAGUCAUCGCAACUAGAAUCUCCAUUGGGCGCUCUAGGUGGCAGCGAACCUAGCAAGGACCAAGUUGACGCGAGGCUCGACCGCAGGAGAGAACGCAGGAGAGAACAAAACCGACAAGCACAACGACGACAUCGCGAACGACGACAAUUGAAUUACUGCCUCACACAGGGCAAGGUCGUCGAGCUACAGGCUGCCCUCGCCACAGCCCUCGAACAGCAGAAACUCGUCAAGCAGGAAAAUAGUCACCUGCGAGGAAGGCUAGUUUCACUCGAAGCGGAAGUUGACUGCCUGCGGAGGAGUAUGUCGCCGGCGACAUUCGAGACCACAGGAUUCGAGACGCCGUCCGAGUUCGAACUAGGCACAUGA